UGGGCUCAGGUUCCUUGGGCUCAGGUUCCUUGGGCUCAGGUUCCUUGGGCUCAGGUUCCUUGGGCUCAGGUUCCUUGGGCUCAGGUUCCUUGGGCUCAGGUUCCUUGGGCUCAGGUUCCUUGGGCUCAGGUUCCUUGGGCUCAGGCUUUGGCGGUGGAGGAGGUUCAACAUGAGGAAAUUUGA